AUGGAGGUACAGGUAGCAGCAAUGGCACCAAAAGAUGGAGAACAGAAGAACAAAGGGAUUCAGAGAGAGCAGGAGUAUGAUGCAGUAAUUCUUGCAACACCACUCACCCAAGACAACACCAAAAUCCAACUGGUCAACUUUACCCAACAGUUUUCUUUCUUUGGGCAUUAUGAGCCAAUUGAAACUACUAUAGUCAGGGGAGUUGUGAGACCUGAGAGCCUCAUGUUGAAUGAUGAUGAGAUGCUGGAUAAUAUUUUAGUCAUUAAUCCCAGACUUAUGUUCAACUCAUUUGGUCGACAGCAGCCAGUGAAAGGCAGAAAGUGUGACCAAGAGACAGUUGGGGUGUGGAAAAUAUUCUCUCCCCACAAAAUCUCUGAGGACCAGUUAGAUAUAUUUUUUCAAAGUCGGGAAGUGACACAUACAGUAUCUUGGUUAGCGUAUCCUCAUUACUCCACAAAUCAGACACUUGGGGACUUUGAACUUGCACCAGGCUUGUACUACCUUAAUGCGAUAGAGUGGGCUGGGAGUGCCAUGGAAAUGAGUGUCAUAGGGGCAAAGAAUGUGGCACUUUUGGCAUAUAAGCAAUGGAAGAAUGAUCCUGAUGCUGGAAAAAAGCCACCUGUUAAAGAGGAGCUUUAA